CGAGAAACGACAAGCUUUGCCAAUCUAUCAACUGGGAAAAAAAAAAUUAGGGCAAAAUAUUUGUCGAUUUCACGUCCGCGACUCAAUAGAUUUGCUCGGAGAAAUCCUUCACGGUUUUGUCAAGUAAUUCUGACUAAAACGGCGUAGUUUCAGCUUCCGGGAGAUCUAACGUUCUCUCAAAAUUGAAUUGCGUGUGAGAAAGUUUCUUCCUUGUUCGAAUCUUCAGAUUUGUACAUCCGCUUUAAGCUCAAAUCUAUGAUCUUUCGGGAGUAAUUUUUCACCAUGGAAAAUCUUGGCUGAUAAAAAAAAUUUCGAGAGCAGAUCCAAAGAACAGCCACCAUAAAGCUUGUGCAUUGGGUGGAACUAGACAGGUCUCAUUACCAAGUUUUUUGAUUUCUUUAGCUUCCAUUGUGAAGCAUCAUCGAGAAAGGACACACAUGGAUUACCGACCUUCUGAUAGUAGUGGUACGGAUGAUGACUUACCUCCAAGUAGAUAUCAGAGAAGUGGGAGACCUGCUGGUAAUGGUAGACCUUCAGUUCUCAACACUGCUCCUUUAUCAAGGGUGCACAAUGACAUGGAAACUCAAAUUCAUCUCAUUGAGCAAGAAGCUUAUAGCUCAAUACUCCGUGCAUUUAAAGCCCAGUCUGAUGCUAUUACCUGGGAGAAGGAAAGUUUGAUCACUGAACUCAGAAAAGAACUUCGGGUGUCUGAUGAGGAACACAGAGAGUUGUUAUCAAGGGUUAAUGCUGAUGAAAUGAUCAGGCGAAUAAGGGAAUGGAGAAAGGGGAAUAGCUUUCAGUCUGGUGCUCCUCAGAUGGUUCAUGAUACUGUUCCAAGUCCAGCUGUUUCAGGUUCACGUAAGAAGCAAAAGACAUCACAAUCAAUCGCUUCGUUAGCUAUGGGUCAGCCAUCUCCUGCUAUGCACUCAUCAAUGCAACCAUCUUCAUCUGCGCUAAGAAGGGGAGGUCCUCCACCAGGUCCAAAGACCAAGAAGCCAAAGACAUCGAUGCAGUUCCCAGCUACAGGCAUAGCUGGAAGGCCCCAGCCUGGCGCAGUAACAGAUGAACCAGACCCGUUGGUUGGAAAGAAGGUAUGGACUAAGUGGCCUGAGGACAACAAUUUCUAUGAAGCUGUUAUAACUGACUACAAAGAGGGGCGGCAUGCUUUAGUGUAUGACAUGAACACUGGGAAUGAAACUUGGGAAUGGGUAAAUCUUAAAGAGAUAUCUCCGGGGGAUAUCAGAUGGGAAGGUGAGGAUGCUGGGGCUUCUCGUAAAGGACAUCCUGGGCAAGGCCGUGGAAUUACAAAGGGCAUGGCUCGUGGUGGUCCUGCAGGCCAAGCUAGUGGUGGUAGAGGUAGGGGAAGCCUGAAGCUUCAGCAACACAAGGCACAGAAUGGCAUCGGAAAAAAAGCUUUAGGAGACAUCGAAAUAUUCCACACUGAUACACUAAUAAAAGAGGUAGAAAAAGUUUUUAGAUCCGUUAACCCCAACCCGGCAGAGGUGGAGAAGGCAAAGAAAGUGCUAAGAGAUCAUGAGCAAGCUCUUGUGGAUGCAAUUGCAAGGCUUGAAGAUAUAUCAGACGGAGAAAGUGGUAAUAUUUGAUAGGGGCUCCUUCCAACUCUCCUCAGAUGAUUGAGUGAGGGCAUUGGACUGGCUGAAAGGUGUAGAUGGUGGUGGCAAUGUGAAUGGAUAAGGGAGAUUGGGGUACUUGUAUGGAUAAAGCAAACUGUAUUUUGUUUAGGUAGAGGAUUUAUAAAAUGAUCUUUAUGCCACAAAUCUAAGGCAACUGGAUUGUAAAAUCUAUCAGAUUUCAUAUAAAUGUAGAAUUAUGCAUAGACAGACAGGGAUGAGAUGUAGCAACAAUAGGAUCAGCAUAUAGAUGUGGCAGCACCUUUUAGUAAACUUUAUUUUUUUCUUCUACAACGAGACAGAUACAUAAUAAAAAUCAAUAAAUUUCGAAA